AAAUCUUUUUCUCUGUUCUUUGACCAUUGUCGCAUGUUCCAAUACAAGCUCUCUGAAGUUUCCAAAGCUUAAAGACAGAAGAGAUCCAUCGGUACUUGCAAUCUUUCCAAAGAUAAAAUGGAGAUAGAGAAUGAUGAGAACGACACAACAUUGGUUGAUUCUGGAGGAGACUUCGACUGCAACAUAUGCUUGGAUCAGGUUCGAGACCCGGUCGUGACUUUAUGUGGCCACUUGUUUUGUUGGCCCUGCAUUCACAAGUGGACUUAUGCCUCCAACAAUUCAAGACAACGCGUCGAUCAAUACGAUAGUAAGAGGGAACCACCAAAAUGUCCGGUAUGCAAAUCCGAUGUCUCCGAGGCUACGCUUGUUCCGAUCUACGGCCGAGGACAGAAAACUCACCAGUCCGGUUCAACCGUACCGAGCAGACCAUCCGGUCCGGUUUAUGACUUAAGAGGAGUUGGUCAACGUUUGGGAGAAGGGGAGAGUCAACGGUACAUGUAUAGAAUGCCUGAUCCGGUCAUGGGUGUGGUAUGCGAAAUGGUAUACCGGAGACUAUUUGGAGAGUCUUCGAGCAACAUGGCUCCUUACCGUGACACGAAUGUCCGGUCGAGGCGGCGGGCAAUGCAAGCUGAGGAGUCACUAAGCAGAGUCUACUUGUUCCUACUUUGCUUCAUGUUUAUGUGUCUACUUCUCUUCUAAUUAUAAUCUCUUCUCCUAAAUAUAUAUAUAUAUAUAUAUAUAUGUAUAUUAUAUACCAAUUGGAAUGAGUAUGCAUAUAUGUAAUAACAGUGUGUAUAUGUU